GUGAUCGCGUAACAGCGGCGGCGCGUUCCAACUCCGUUCAUUGCACCGCGACUCUUUCUAAGUUUCUUCAUCCAGCUUCACCCUCGCCGGGCGCAAUCCGCUCUUGUCCGUGCUCGAUGCGAAAGGUCGGUCUAAACACGCAUUCGUUGUUGAGCCACUCAUACACACAUAUUGGGUUCAAGAGCAGGUCCAAGUCGCAUCUUAGCGCAGAUUGGCUAACAUUGACGUUUACGCAAGUUCACGUCUACUCUCGGCGAUGGAAAACCUUAUGAAUGAUCUCAAGUCUCGUGGCCAAACCAUAGACACCGCCAAGUCGGAAAGUGUACGAAUGGCCAAACGACCAGUACCUCCUUCCUCUAGAGGGCAUGUGUUUGUCGACCUCGGAAGUGAUUUUGGAUCUAAGGACAAGGACGAGGCCACAGUCAAUGGACAUUCUACCGCUGCUUUUCUUGGUCCUAAGGAAAGAAUAGGAAGGAGUAGCUCUCAGAAGUCAAUGUCUUCCCAGACAUCCAGGUCUGGGAAGUUGUCGCGGAAUCCUAUUGAUGAAAUCUACUCGGAUAGCUCGAGCGACGACGAGUUGGACAUCAUCGGUUUCGCCACUCCUCGGGAUAGAACUACGUCUAAGAAAGGCCCGGACGAGUCAUCUAGACACGGCAAAGCGGGGCCUUCGACCACAGGCAGAGCUGGUAUCGCGCUUUACCAAGUUCAUACUCGGGAAGGAGACUUGAAGAAUCUCAAAUUCACCAAGAAGAGCAAGGCGAAGGAUAUUGAUGAAUCACAAGGCUCGAGGAGCACCCCAGAGAUUUCGGAGCAAAUUAUGGUGGACGGUGAACUGUAUGAGUAUCGGGACGAACGCGAACCUGUCCAACCAAAGAAAUCUAAACCUUCUACUGCGACAUCUAGGAAGACAAAGCCUACAAAGAUGCAACCAGUGUCUGCUCAUCGCAUUCCAGACAAGUUGAGGAAGCCAUUCAAGCCGCCUUCUCGUGUUGUGUCUCGUUCAGAAACUGGAUCUUCGUCUUUGAAUGCUGUGGCUUCGUCAUCUUCUGGCUCGCCGUCUAAUCCAUCACGUCUAGGCCGCGACAAGUCUCUCCCAUCACGUCAACAAUCCAGUUCAGAUACGGCUAAGGACAGGCCGCCUAGAGCAUCUCUGUCACGUCUGUCCACGCUCAGUAUUUCUAUAGAGGACCUGGUACGAGACGACGAUAGCAAAGACGCAUCCCAGACAGCCUCUCGCCCGAAACCCCGCCCUAAACCACGAAGGGCUGACCGUGAAAAUGAGGUUGUCGACCCCGAUGAUGAGCUUCCUGCUCUAGCCCCCACCAAACCUCAACCUCGCGGAUUCCCUAUGGAGACCCUAUCACCGGUGUCCAGGGACGAUGCUGGUACUCCUAAAGCUAAAAAGACAGGCAAGGGAAAGGAAAGAGCUGACAACUUCCCUGUUCUCUCCCCUCUCUGUUCCCAACAAAGCAAUCCUCUGUCGCGCACAAGUUCUCAAGCUAUGUCCGAAAUGCAAGGGUUUCCUAAUCUCUCGCCUCUAACAUCUCCAGCUCGUGCCAAAGCCGCGAAGAGCAGGCGGACGAAAGCUGGUGUGAAGGUUUCGGGAAGAAGAGUGGAGUCCACUUCAGAAUGUACUGAUAGCUCUGAGGAUGAACGACAUCCACGCUAUCGACCUCGACCAUUUCCUAUGGGUACACAGGUGCUGGAAACUAUAAACUCAUCACCACUCAAGCGAACUUCCGAAGAUGACGACCCUGGUGUCUUUCGCAAGAAGCGAAGGAAGAGAGGAGGCCAUGAGAUCCUGAAUGAGCUUAUGGACUCAGGUGACGACGACGACAAUCUCCAUUUCAUGGACCCAAACAUGGAUCAUUCCACUUUGUGUCCGUGGUGCGAUGAGCCACUACCACCAGUCCCUUCACCUCACUUGAAGAGUCUCAUCAGAGCCGCACGCCAACGUUCCUUCCGCGAUGCUCGACCUACCAAUCCUCUUGGUCUCCGUGCCCCUUUACCAGUCUUCGUCGCCGUAUGCCAAAGACAUACUUUUGAACGAGUUCAGAUUCCCUUGGCUCAGCAGAGAGGCUGGCCUAUGAGUAUACAGUGGGAAGACGUUGGUCAUAGGGUGAGACAACUGGCGGGUACCUUGAGGAAGAUAGUGGAUGAUGUGGACGAAGAUUGGUUACCUGGGCAUGUGACAGGGCCCAGCGAGGGUGAGGACAAUGAAGACGAUGCAGAACUGGAAGAUGAAGAGUUGCAGGGCGAGCGUCCGAGGAAGGGAAGUCUCUUCUGGAGGGAUGUUAUUAGGAACGUAAAAACAAAGGGGUCCAGACAAGCCGCUGGCGUGCGGAACCAGUUCUCCAACUUCUCCAAGACCCAGCCGGGCUACUACGGCGAACUGGGUUACGUGAUAAUUCACCAAACCAUCUACGAUCUCUUUCCUCCGGAUUCCUUGGAUGCCGACUCCACAUUACCCCUCACCCCAACCGAGUUCAUCCAGCUUAUUCUCGUACCAGAAGCAGCCGUAUGUCUCAUAAUAGAUGACCUCCAACAAAACCGCCCGCAGGCCAUUCGUACACUCCGUGAAAGUGCAGGGUACGGCGUAGCCAUGUUCCCAGACGAUCAUGUCGAAGGAGGCGUGUCAAAGGUAGAAGCUGGGGAGGAUAUUGUCAGGGAGCGUGCAAAGGCGAGAAGAAAAGCGUUGGAGGCUGAAGAAGCUGAGGAGUUUUCGGAGACCACGGAUGUCGCAGACGCUGUCGUGUCUAAUCCUGCGCGGAAGCGGAAGGGAAGGACAAGAAAGAAAGACGAAGAUGACGAUGUAGUCAUGCUGACGGAUAGCUCUCGUUCGAAUGUGCGAAAACCUCCGCAACCCAGAAAACGUAAACUCAUCAAGUCGGAGACGAUGCCUGGAAGUUCCCAACCCGGUCCUUCGAUCGUACUUCCCGACGAUGUUGUUGAUCUUUGCAGUAGCACAGACAGCAUGUCUAUGUCCAAAGGAGAAGCUCCGAAGCCACGACCCAAACCGCGAAGGCGAGUUAGAGGACUGGUGUCUGAUUCUGGCACAAACGAUGGCGCGCAGUUGCUACUCACUGAUACAGACAUGUCUGAUUUUCCUGGGUCCGGUUCUCAUACGUCUGCAGAUAAAGCUGCCACCGCUUGGACUGAACCCCCAAAGACGGACGAUGUGGAUGCGACGCCGAAACCAAGAAGGGUCUUCAGCCGAACACUGUCUGCCUCAUCCUCCACCCUCGCUGUUGUCGGUGCUGCAGCCAAAGGCGACGACAAGCUCACACCUUUGGAACGUGCAAGGAUGCGUAACAGCAGCCAACAAAGCGACGGAUGGUCACGUAACUUGCGAGAUGUGAUUUCGGAAAGUGAUGACGUUGAUGAAUCCGACGCGUCGCAUACGUUACGAUCUUCUCGACGAUUGCGUUCCAAACGUUCGUGAACUUCAACCUGACAGUUCUCCUGCUUUGCUAGCAUAAUAAUGCACUUGCAUGAAGACACGAACACCACUUACAACCUCUCCAGCCCUUUCCCCCCUAACGUACAGCUUGACGAAAUAUUAGAGUCAAUUACCCAUGACUUGCAGUUAUAAUACUACAGCAUAUAUUCUUGGUCGUGAAUAGACACACAAAUAGAUAUAUCAUAAUUAUGAUUGAGAAAGGUGUUAUGCACUUUUCGCCUGCUCCGCCCCUUGUUC